AAAGAAUCUACGUUUUCAAUCGGACCGGAUGGAGAAGAAGGUGGCUUUGGUGUUGUCGAUGAUGCUGCUUGUGUCGGUGUUGUCUUCCGCUGAGGAAACACCAACGAUCGGACAAAGGCUAGACACAGCCACCAACGACGUUACCAACUUCUUCAAUAAACAUGCUGGUCCUGCCGUCGAUUCCGUCUCCUCCACCGCCAAAUCCGUCUACAACUGGUUCGGUGGUAAAGCCAAGGAAUGGGGCCUCUAAAAUAUCUGUUUAUGAGCGAAGGAGUUGGGGACUUGGGAUUGGAAACAUUUUUCUUAAUUGAAUAAGAAUUUGAUCUCUAUAUAUUACUUUAUUUUAAAUUAAAAUUAUAAGAAAGAGAGUCAAAAUUCUAU